AUGUUUGGAAACUCCUUUGCGUUUCAUGGUUCUAAUCCGAGAGACAACAAUAUUGCCGAUACAGUCAUAGAAGAAGACGCAUCAAUGUAUAGAGAUAGAUACUUGGGUAAGGACAACGAAAAUGGGCUCACUGCACUUCAUGUUGCAUGCGGAGAGGGUGAUGUGGAGGUUGUGAGAAGGUUAAUACAUACAAGUAGCAUACCGUGCUUUUCGACGGAUAAGUGUGGAGGAACGCCUCUUCACACUGCGGCAAUGAAUGGCAGAUUGGACGUUGUAAAGGCGUUGCUAGAUGCUUGUCCUGAAUCUGUGAAAGAGGUCACUGCAACUGGGAGGACGUGUCUUCAUGUCGCCGUAAUGUAUAACAAGGGUACAGUCGUCUGCUACAUUGUGAAAUGGCUCCACACAAGGAAAGAUUACGCCUAUCUAAUUGAUGAAAAGGAUUUUGUUGGAAAUACUGUUCUCCACCUUGCUACAUCAAGAAAACAACUCCAGACUUUAAAAGUGUUGCUCACCUAUGAUCCAACCAUUAGAAGUUUAGUGGAUGUGAACACCUUGAACUCUGGCAGUUUUACUGCUCUCGAUAUUCUAGAUGUUCUGCCAUACGAAGGGAAGAUAGAUAUGGAGAUUGAUAAGAUCCUUCGUCGAGCGGGAGCCUUGAGAGCCCGAGAUCUCGCCAAACAUGACACUAACCAUGAUGCUGUUUAUAAUAGUAUAAAGGAUCAGUUCCACAAGUACUCACAUAACACAAUAAAGAACAUCAUCGAACCUCCGAGAGAAUCCACAAAUGCGUUGUUAUUGGUGGCCACAAUGGUUGCGACUAUCACCUUCGCUGCACUCCAUGUUCUCCCAACUAGUUUACUCAAACAAGGCUAUGCAUAUAAUUAUGACGUAAAUGGCUUCCCCCAACUGAAAAAUCAAGAUUCAAUUAUAAUCGGAUCAUUCAUACUGCUCAACUCCACCGGGUUUGUUGCAUCGGUUGCAUUGAUUAUCUUCCUCCUCUAUGAAUUCCCAUUGAAACCGUGGCCGCAAAUCUCAAUUUCUACUUUGUUCGGAUCUUAUAUGUGCUCGAUAAUGGCAAUAUCACCAGGUGAAACAAUGGCUCUGUUCUUCCUAGUAAUUCCAAUUUUUAUACUUGCAGCUGCAGGAAAAUUUUAUGGCUUUACUCGGCAGGGGUCCUAG